GCUUAAGAGGGGGAGGAGCGGGAGCCUGGGGACCCAGGGCUCCUGGGUCCCUGACCCCGCCCCCUUCCCAGCGGAGCGGAGCUGGAAGAUGAAGGAAGAGGCUGGUCGAGGUGGCACCCGCGCCCCGCAGGGCACCCCUCCCAGGAUGACCCCUCAGUUCCCCGCUGACGUGACUGUGACCCGGCUGUCAAGCUCCAUCCACCUGUACUGCCAGUCGGACCCCCCAGGCUCGCUGGGGCCCCGCCCGCUGCUGCUGCUGCUGCCCUGGCUGGGGGCGCGGCCCGGAGCGCAGGCCCACUACCUGGCGCUCUACCUGGCCUGCGGCUUCGAUGUGCUGGCGGUGGAGAGCUCGCUGCGCCACUUCCUGUGCCCUUGCCUGGGCCAGCGGCGGGCCGCGCGGGUGCUGGCGCUUUUGGGGGAUCUGGGGGCACUAGCCCGGAGACCCCUGGUAGUGCAUGCCCUCUCCCUGGGCGGCUACACCUUCGCCCAGAUGCUGUUACUUAUGAAGCAGGACCCAAGGCGCUAUGGCGGGGUGGCCCGCCGCCUGUGGGGACACAUCUUCGACAGCCUAGUGGUGGGCAGCCUGGACCACAUGGCGCUGGGGGUGUCCCAGCUGAUGAACCCACAGGCCCUGGGCCCACUGGUGAAGGCCACGGCGCUGCUCUACUUCCGCCUGUGCCCAGGCUGCACUGUCCGCCACUACGAUGCUGCAGUGGACGCCUUCUGGGAACCACCCGUGCGGCCCCCGACGCUCGUCUUCUACAGCCACGAUGACCCCCUCUGCGACUUGGCACGCCUGUGGGAGUUGCUGGCCAGCUGGCAGCAGGCAGGCACGGCCGUGUGGGCCCAGGCCUGGGAGACCUCGCGCCAUGCCGCGCACCUGCGCCUGCACCCCAAGGACUAUCGUGAUGCCCUCCUGGCCUUCCUGGGGAGGCUGGGCCUGGCAGUGCCGCCAGCCAGACUCUGACUGAUGGGGCUCCAGUGGGG